AUGUACAUUGGCAUAGACAGAGACAAGAGGCAGAGACAGACGUCGAGCGACACCGGUGGCAGUGCCACCCAGGAGUGGUCGGGCGGUAUCCCGUCAUCAAAGAGCAACCAUGAGCUGCGGGUCAGUUCGACAGCUGGAGCUGUGUCGCCGGCGUGCGGCGGCCUGCCUCCGGAGGUGCCUCUGAGGCUCGCCUUGGCGUCCGUGCUGCGCUCGUUUGGCACCGUGCGCAGCCUCGUUGUCGGGGCCUACGCGGAGGCGUCGGACGACCUGCACCAGCUGUUCGACUGUGUGGUGGAGUCGGCAUCCAAGCAGCACUGGAGGCGGAUCGGCGCGCGUAGCGCGAAGGAGGCGCGGUCCUACUUCGCUACGACGCUGCGGCGGGCGUGGGGCGUGCACUUUGCGCGCGAGUUCGCGCGGCACCGCAUCCGACGCGUGGUGUUCGUGGGGGCCCCGCGGCGACAGCCGGGCAGGCCUCUCGCGACGGCCGAUGGCGACUGGCCGGCGCUCUCGGCUGGCGAGUUUGCGGCGCACGCGCUGCGCGUAGCCGUACGUAGGCGGCGCGUGGGCGGGUGGCCCGCCCGGCCGUCGGUGAGCACCGGACGCGAGGGUCGGUCGGUCGGCUCCUAA